AUGGCUUCCUCCAGCGGGAGCGGGAGCGGGUGCUCGGGCUCUCUCUCGGCGGCGACGGCGGCCCUGGCCGCGGCGGCGGGCACAGAGGAGGAGCUGCGCGCGCUCAUGGAGCAGCGCCGCGCCAAGCGGAUGCUGUCCAACCGCGAGUCCGCGCGCCGGUCGCGGAUGCGCAAGCAGCGCCACCUCGACGAGCUCACCGCGCAGGCCGCGCACCUGCGCUGCGAGAACGCGCACGUCGCCACCGCGCUCGGCCUCACCACGCAGGGCCUCCUCGCCGUCGACGCCGAGAACGCCGUCCUCCGCACCCAGGCCGCCGAGCUCGCCGCGCGCCUCGGCUCCCUCAACGACAUCCUCGCCUGCAUGAACACCAACGCCGCCGCGGCCGCUUCUUCCUCCGACCCCUACCUCGCCUUCGACGGCGCCACCGCCUUGGACGACCUCCUCAGAUCCUGCCCCGAGAAUAUGUACCAGCUCUGCUAG